AUGGCAAACCGGCAUCAAAGAUGGCACGGGACCCUCAUCGUUAUUGCCGUAGCCGGUUUCUCCAUCGUCUUCAAUACACUGCUUGCCCGCAAGCUACCUCUUAUUGAGGGCAUUGUCCUAGUCCUGCAUGUCCUUGGUUUCUUUGCAAUCUUCAUCACAAUGUGGGUUCUCGGACCUCGCAGCCCCGCUAAAGAAGUUUUCGGUGGGUUCCAGGAUAAUGCAGGUUGGGGAAAUGUCGGACUAUCUGUUCUGGUGGGACAAUUAUCCGCAAUCUUCUCACUGCUUGGUUCAGAUGCUGCGACACACAUGUCCGAGGAGUUGCGGGAUGCUUCGCACACGUUACCACGCGCCAUGAUCUGGACCGCUAUAUCGAACAGUAUUCUUGGUUUCCUCAUGCUUGUCACCUUUUGCAUUUGCCUCGGCGAUGUAGACAGUGCAAUUAUGACGCCCACGGGACAACCACAUAUUCAAGUCCUAUACAACGUCACGCAGUCGUUAACCGCCACUACGGUUCUUGCAUCCAUCACCACUAUCAUGGCGGUUUUCGGCUGUAUCAACAAUGUCGCGACAUGCUCUCGGCAACUCUUUGCCUUUGCCCGUGACCAAGGCGUCCCCUUCAGCCUAUUCUUGUCGUAUGUGCGUCCAGGCUGGGACAUUCCAGUAAACAGCGUCAUCGUUUCGUUUGCCAUUACCAUCAGUUUGUCUCUUAUCAACAUCGGUAGCACUGUGGCUUUCAACUCCAUUGCUUCGCUGGGCACGUGCGCACUCAUCUCCUCAUACAUCAUCAGCACGGCAUGUAUGUUCGUCAAGAGGUGGAAGGGAGAAGCUCUACUUCCUUGCAAGUUCUCGCUUGGUAAGGCGGGUAUUUGGAUUAACGGUAUUGCUGUGGUAUACCUGUCCGUCGCAUUUACGUUUGCCUUUUUCCCCACGUUUCCGCAUCCAACGCCUGAUCUGAUGAACUGGAACUUUUUGAUCUACGGCGUUGUCGUUGUUACUUCUCUUGUUUACUUCAUGAGAAAAGGGCGAAAAGUGUAUGUCGGACCUGUUGAAUAUUUGAACAAAGACUUGUGA